UUUGAUGCAAGCGGGGCCAGUAAAUAGCUCCGAUGUCUCGUGAGCGUCGGGGUAUGUCUCCAGCAGCUGUGCUCUUUCAAAUCGUGAAGAGCCUGGAGAGGGAAGAGCGGCAUGAUGAAGCUAUACAGACGCUGGAGGUCUGGUAGGAGAACUGAUGAAGAUACCUCCCUACCCACAUACGAUGACUUUCAACCAAUGGAAACCCAUGAGCAAGAAGAGAUGGUUCAAUCAUUUGAAAGGCAGCAUGCUCAACAGAGUGCUUUAUGGAGGGGAGUAUUUUCGUUCCUCUUGCUGUGCUUCGCUGUUUUCCUAAUCUUUUCGAUAUACCAGCAAGCCUUAUCUCCGUGGGAAUUGAGGUAUCAUGCUUAUUUCAUGGAUGAGAUCUCGUCCUGGGUUGUCAUAGUAGCAGAUUCUGUGGCAGUAUUAGCUUGCAUAUUUGCUGUUAAUGGACUCAUUCAGUACACCAGCUCUCAUUAUCGCCAAUGGAUUUAUUAUUCCCUGUUCACUGGCAUUUUGGUGGCUAUUUUUUGGUUGUAUCAUAUGCUAAGGCUGCCAAGUUUUAGAUGGGAUAUCAUUUGGCUUCCAUUAGGCCCUUUGAGUGCUGCAGGUAUUUGCCUUUAUGUGGACAAUCUGCUUUUGGAGUCCCUUGUAGAAGUCAGGAAGCUGCGGGCUUCCAUGUAUGCCUAUAAGAGGACUUGAUCACGUUCGUGAUCUCAGUAAGCCAGGUUACCUGUACAUCUGCUGCAUUUUUCCCCAAAGCACCUGUGCGCCAUAAGUACUUAUAAGCAGUAUGAUUCUGAUGCCAAAGAGUAGUUAUGGAAAAUAUUUUGUCUUCUGGUAUUUGUAAAUUAUUUUGUAGCCUUUUAACAAUGGACAUGCAACCAGUAACAACCUUGAGUUCUCACUGAUAUAGCGCUCUAUGAAUAAACUGCAACCUGCUCUGUGAAACUUAUUCUGGUUUACUA